AUGAGGCGAGACACUCUUCGUCAGGCUCUUGGACAGACUCGGAGUCUGAUGAUGAGGGUCCCAGCACAAAUUGCUUCUACGUUGCUGCAACUACCUCCGAGAGACCCUCCUCCAACCGAGACCAUCGAGCUGUGCCGUCGUGUUCCAGAUCUUGUGGGCGACUGGAACACACAAGCCGCGGCCUUGCAUUCCUCUGAGCACCGUCUUGAAGUCACGGAAGAGAAGCUUCGCCGAAUGACAAGCCUGGCACAAGCUGAGCGGGACAAGGCAGCUUCCUUGGAGUUGAUGGUCAAGGAUUUGGAGAACAAGACGGACGAUGUUGCUCGGAUACAAGACGCAUUGAACUUGAUCACUGGCAAGCGGAAGGCACGAUCUCAUCUCCCGGAAGAGCGCCCGCCUCGUCGUGCCCGCUUCGACGAAGCCGGUGGAAAUGGCUCUUUGCGGUAG